AUGCUAGGACUGAGCGCAUUGUACUACUCUUUCCGUUACCGUCUCUGGUCUGUCACGAUCUCUCAAAGCCUCGCCAUCGUGUGCGGGAUACUCACUUCCCUUGUUUCCAUCAUCUUCACGGUCGAAGUCAUACCGGGGUCGACACCAACUCAAUUUCAACAAAAGACUUGGUUUCAGAUACGAAAUGACAGCGUUGAGUACGACGAAGCCUACAAAGCGAAACAACAAAUCUUCAAUGGUCUUUGGACUCGUCCGGAAGAAGGCAACGUGACUUGGCCGGAAAACACAUUCGACAGUCUUUUGUUCCACGAUUUCGAAAGCCUCGACAGCCUCGACCCGUCCAAAAACCUUUCAGUCGCAAUCACAACACCCGCGACCAAGGUCGAGUCGCAGUGCACGCAACUCAGCGAGGAUACAUACGACAUCAGCCAUCAUAACUCUACCUUGAAAAACGGAACGGUAGCGUACUAUUUCGCCGCCAUACUCGUCGACUUUGAGUGUCCUGGACAAAACAAAUCCGAAAGCAUCAAAAAAGACUUCACGAUCGGUAAACCUGACCCAGCCGAUCCGUUGAAAAGCAUGUACUUUGCAGGCAUGCUCUGGACGCAAUCAGACCCAACUUCAAUUGGCUGCGGGCUCCCGGACGAGUCGGCAACCUCAAACUCGAGGACGGAGUUAUACUCUACAUUUAUUUGGGGAGAGUUUGACCCGGUUCGAAACGACUUCUCCUUUGCUGCCGUUUGGAAUUGCAAAUACUCUUGGGUCGAAGUCGAUACGGAAACCAAUCUGGUCUUCUCCGACGGCCGUCUUGCCAUCGACCCGGAGAACCCCCCACGACCAGAUAUGGCGUCCAUGAGGCCCCUGGACCCCACGCUUGAUCUGAACACUUGGUUUUCUAUGUACCCAGAGGUCGAUCUCGGCGGCACAAGAGAUCAUUUCAAAGGGGUGGAGGGCCCCUUCCGACCAUUGAUCAAACCGUAUGGGACGAUGAAUAUGUCGGCUCUCGGAGCCGAGGGACAGCAGGCAGACGUGAUGCAAAACUUGUAUCACAACUACGCUCUCAGCUCAGCGCAACUCGCCAACGUCGUGAACCGCAAACCCAUCACCGCCGAAAGCGGUCCCUCGCCGGCCCGUGUUGUGGAGGCGACCGUGUACGAUAAUGGCCGCCGUCGGCUCGUACAGAACCCGACCAUUACGUACGUCGUGCAUCGCCUCGGUGGCCAGCUUGCUUCGGAACUCGAAUACGGCGGCGCAUUUGCCGCCUGGUUCGGAAAUGAUGUCGUCGAAUGA